GAAAAGUGCGCACUAAAAGGAAAGCGCAUUAACAUCAACACUCACUCCCAUUAUAUUCUUAGGAAUUCCUAAAAAUCAAAAAAUACAAAGAAACAAGACAUAUUUUGGUUAAUGUGGACCCAUUUCUUCCAUAGCCAACACCUAUUCUUCAUCAUUCUCUCACUUCACUUUGAUUUAAUCUCUUUUUCUGCUAUUCUAUGAUCUUCAGGUGAUGGGUUGUAGUUGCUGUUGGUGAAGAAAGAAUAAAUUUAUAUUUUUGUAAUGGGAAAUUGUUGGUGUAGAUGGGAACCUUCAAUAUACAGAGUCUCUUCAAAUGCAAAAUCAGAAUCUCCAAAAGAUGAGAAACCAAGAAAUGAUAAUAGAAAGCUGCCAUCAAAUCCUGAGGAAGUAGAAGACCUGCGUCGCGAUUCAGCAGCAAAUCCAUUGAUUGCAUUUACCUAUGAUGAACUAAAGAUUAUCACUGCAAACUUUCGGCCAGACAGCGUGCUGGGCGGAGGUGGAUUCGGAAGUGUUUAUAAGGGCAUCAUUACGGAGGAUUUAAGAGAGGGGUUUGAGCCACUUCCGGUUGCUGUCAAGGUUCAUGAUGGUGACAAUAGCUACCAAGGCCACAGGGAAUGGCUGGCAGAAGUCAUAUUUCUGGGGCAGCUGUCUCAUCCAAAUUUGGUGAAACUGAUUGGAUAUUGCUGUGAAAAUGAACAUCGCGUUUUGAUAUAUGAAUAUAUGGCUCGGGGUAGCGUUGAAAACAAUCUGUUUUCAAGAAUAUUGCUUCCUCUUCCAUGGAAUGUUAGAAUGAAGAUUGCAUUUGGUGCAGCAAAAGGACUUGCCUUCCUCCAUGAAGCUGAAAAACCUGUUAUCUACCGUGAUUUUAAGACGUCUAACAUUCUGCUUGAUGCGAGCAGAACUGUUAGAUGUUUCUGGAAGAUUGCUUACAUUUACGAGUUUAUGCACAAACAGGAGUAUAAUGCAAAGCUCUCCGACUUUGGUCUCGCGAAAGAUGGACCAAUGGGAGACAAAACUCAUGUUUCCACACGUAUAAUGGGAACAUACGGCUACGCAGCACCCGAAUAUAUAAUGACAGGCCAUCUGACGCCUAGGAGCGACGUAUACAGCUUCGGUGUGGUUCUUCUUGAGCUUGUGACAGGGCGAAAAUCGUUGGAGAAAUCGCUACCUGCUCGAGAGCAGAACCUUACAGAUUGGGCAGUCCCAUUGCUGAAAGAAAAAAAGAAAAUACUAAACAUAGUAGAUCCAAGACUAGAGGGAGAUUAUCCUAUUAAAGGAGUUCACAAGGCAGCAAUGCUAGCAUAUCAUUGCUUGAACCGAAAUCCAAAAGCGAGGCCUCUAAUGAGAGACAUAGUCGACUCAUUGGAGCCUCUGCAGGUCUCCGAAGACGCGUCGAUCGGGAAGUCUGUGAUUACUGUAAUUAGUGUAACAGAUGGUGAGUUCAAAAGAAAAGAAGAUAUAGUACUGUAGGCUGUAGCUCACAUAUUUCUGUUUCUGUUUUCUUAAGCUUGUUUUUGAAUUAGUUUUUCAUGUGUGUAUCUAAUGCCUUUACCCUUUUCUUUUCUUUUUUCUUUUUAAAUAUAUCCAUGAGGAGGCAUAACUCAAUUUCACUAAUCAUAUAUCACUUGUCAA